AUUUCCUACAUUAUUUAAUGUUCAACAAUCCUUUUGUGUUUCUCACACAACAAUCUAAUUUUCUGAUUGAUAAAUUAUAGUUUUUUUUCUUAGUUCAAUUUUUUUUUAAACGAUAUGGGUAUGUCUAAGAAAUUGAUUAAGGCAGUCAUUAUGGCUCUUAUAAUGGUGUUUUUCACUCUUGCAACAAUCAAGACCAAUGCAGAAGAGGUGAUAAUAAGCUACGAAGCUUUAUUUCAAAAUCAUGCACUUGGAUGUAAUCCAAAGUAUCCUGUAACUUGUGUGAAACAAAAGGCCAAUUAAACGAUGUGAGUUUGAUCCGAGGUGCACGGCAUGGUUGUUUUAAUGUUUUUAUCUAUAAAAUAUAUCGUGUUGAUAAAAAAAAUCAAUAAAAUAUAUCGUUCGUCGAAUGUUUAUAUCCAGUUUUAAAAUAAUAAAUGGUGUUUAGCGGAUAUGUUGGAAUUGUAACAGUUGACAAAAAAAAAGUUUGAAUUGUAACUAUUAUUGUAAAGCCUCAAUACAUUUUCAAUUUGUUGCAAGUAUUAUCUUCAGACACAGCCAUUUUACAUUUAGCAAGUUAUUACGUAUUUAUACAAAUAUAGCUCAUAACCAAAACAAGCCACGAUCGCUUACUAAAAAAAGCCCAGUGUAGACAGGGGCGUCCCUGAGAUGCUGGGGGCCUAAAACAAUUUAGUAAGAGUUUUAUAAAAAAACUUUUUUUACAAAUUUAGAGGCCCCUUCUUAUGUAAAAUUUUUAAAAAAAUUUGGGGGCCCUAAGCCGGUGUUUCAGUCCGCUAUGCCCAGGACCGCCCCUGAGUGUAGACAUUCUACGUUUCAUAAACAACAAUCACCAUGUUAGAUCAAAUUCUGUUUUUUACUUAGUUUUAUUUGAAGAGUGAUGUUGUCUAAAACCUGAAGGUUGUUAUAUAUUUGGCAUUUUUGGUUGCUGCGGCUCUUGCAGCAAUGAAGACUACCAAAGCAAAAGUAAUACGCUGGUCUGAAAUAUAUAAAUAUGGUUGUUGUUUGCAGAAUUUGUUAUAUUCAUAUAUUGCAACAUGUACUAUUACCUUUUAAUUCGUUCUUUAAGUUACGGCAAUGACAAUUAUAACACACACGCAUAUUUCACUUAAGCUCAUAACUAAAACUUUAAAUUCCAGUGACAUAUAAGCAGCUAAAAUUGACAAAACAGGUGAGUAACAUAGUAAAGCAGAUUAUUGACAAACUUAUUGUUAACCGCACACACACAAAAUGUCU